UCCUCGAUCGCUACGACUGUGACCAGCCCUUUUCGGUUCACACUUGUUACGAGUGCCAGGAGACGUACCGGCGUUGGGCGUGCAGCACGAUGGUGCCACUGUGGGUAGAGGAGGGCGCAGAGGAGGGAGCGGAGGAGGGCGGGAGGUCGCGGCGCGCGCCGGGCGAGCACUCGGCGCGUUGGCACGCGCGGCACUUAGAGCGCGUGGGGCACCUGGACCGGCGGCGCGGCGGCGGGGGCGGCGGCGGCGGUGGCGUGGUGGGCCGCUGGGUACGCGCCGCUGCCGCGGGCCCCGGUCGGCCCCUGGUGCGCCUCAAGCCCUGCCUGUCCGUGUGCCAGCUGGUGGAGCAGCACUGCCCUUACUUCCUGCCGGCGGACCGCGCGCCCGCCUACCCCACACAAUACGCUGGCGAGCCAACGUUCCUAUGCCUCGACGCACGCAUCCCAGAGACCGGUGCACAGGCGAACAAAUCAAACUACGGGGCGGACGAGUGCUGCUACUGGAACUGCGAGGCACGCCUGUGCUACCGAUGCGAGGCGCGACUGACCGAACCCACGCGCCCACCCGCCGAGCAGUGCGCGCCCGUCGAGGACCGUGCGCCCGCCUGCUCGGUGCCGUACGCGGCGCGCGCGCCCGCCAGUGCCGGCCCGCCCAGCGCGCCGCUGCUGGCGGCCGCGCUGCUCGUUUGCCUCGCCCGCCUCGUGCCUCUCACAUCCCACCUCUUACCCACACGGACCCGCCGGUCGCUGCGCGCACCGGUCACUGUGCGCGACUCGAGGUUAUAG